UCCCGGCUGCUGCGGGCAAAGGGAUCUCGGCACACGCAGCGAGGGAGCGCCGAGCGGCGGCUGCAGCGUCCGAGCUCGCCGCACUGCCUCGCGCCACCUCGAGCGCCGGGGAAGCUCGGGCUGCAACUUGGGCGCCGCCUGCGAAGAGGCGCUGGUGCCGCCGCCGGCCUCUCGGCUCCUGGGAAAGUUACCUCAGCUGCUCUGAAGAAGCUGCCGACGCCGAGGAAGGCGAGCCAGCGCGGCUGGGCUGCCUCCCGCUGCUCCGAGGAAAUUAGAUGUGAGAAAAAAUCGAGGGGGAAAUAGGAAGAUAACCGCAAUUCCAGUGGAAGGAAAGGAAGUCAUCACCAGCACACAAGGUCACUGAAUGCACAUGUUGCUGUAGGUUGCUGGUGUUACAGCCUCCUGUUCAAGCCUGAUAGCCCCCACUAAACAAAACUAAGGACCAUUAAAAAAAUUACUUUUAAAGAACAUCCGUACUUAUUUUACUGCUGCAGUUGAUGUGGAAGUACCUGGAACAAGGACAAGCUUGGCCAAUAAAAUAUACAUGGGACGUAUAAAACAUUAAAGGUCAAAAGAAACAUUCCAAGAGCUGAAUAGGAUUAAUUGGAUUGUGUAGCCUGUACAACCAUGGAAGGAGAUUGUUUGAGCUGCAUGAAGUAUCUGAUGUUUGUCUUCAAUUUCUUCAUAUUUCUGGGUGGUACAUCUCUACUGGGAGUUGGAAUAUGGGUCAUAGUGGAUCCCACAGGAUUCCGAGAGAUAGUGGCUAGUAAUCCUCUGCUCUUCACGGGGGCAUACAUCAUGCUGGCGAUGGGAGCAAUGCUCUUCCUGCUGGGGUUCCUUGGCUGCUGUGGAGCCAUCCGCGAGAACAAAUGCCUCCUUCUCUUUUUCUUCAUGUUUAUUUUGCUAAUCUUCCUGGCAGAACUCUCAGCUGCAAUCCUGGCUUUUAUCUUUAGAGAAAAUUUGACCAGAGAGUUUUUUACAAAGGAACUGAAGAAGCACUAUCAAGGCAACAAUGACUCUGACGUCUUCUCUUCCACCUGGAACUCGGUCAUGAUCACAUUUGGCUGCUGUGGUGUCAAUGGUCCAGAAGACUUUGAAACUGGCCCUCAUCUUCGUCCCCUGUAUUCACACGAUGCAAUUCCUGAAGCUUGUUGCCGACGGGAACUCCAAUCUCGUAAUGGAGCAUUCAUCAACAAAGAAGAGUGUCUCAGGGGUAAUGAUAUGUAUCAAAACCAACAGGGCUGCUACACUGUGAUACUUAACUCUUUUGAGACGUACGUGUACCUUGCAGGAGCUCUUGCCAUUGGCGUAUUAGCCAUCGAGCUGUUUGCCAUGAUCUUUGCCAUGUGCCUCUUUCGGGGGAUCCAGUAGAAAGCUUUCCAUGACCAGCUGAGCAUAUUCCGACUACACACUUUGAAGAAAGGAAAGAGAGAAGAUGAACUUUUGUUUUUUGGCUAACAAAGGGGGGGGGGAGGACUGUAAUAUAUGAAUGACCAAAAGGAUUGUACUUCAGGGGCUGGAACUUUGAGGUGCUGUGCACUAUGCUGUCGUUUCCCAGGACCGUCAUUCAUCAGAAGCCACACACACUGGGUUGCACUAGGGGCCUACGAGACAGGAAGGGAGUGAGUUUUGGUGGUCUCCAUGAAGCAGGAUGCCGCGUGGGACUCACAUCUUUAACAUGAUUGUGCUACAUCAAUUGGUGAGAAAGUGAAGGAUGCCCUCCCCCCAAAUAUAAGUAGGAUCUGGAUUCAGCAUCCAAAGGGAACUGCUCAGCCAAAGCAUUGUGACGGACACAGGUCAGGCCAGUUUUAAACACAGUCCUCAGUCAAGAUGGGCAGAAAACUAUCACCUGAAAUAUCAAGAUGCUUCAAGCUUUCUUGUGUCGCGAGGAAUUGAUAAAUUCCUUCACCUGGAAACGUAUAGGAGGAGCUGAGCCUGCUGUGUUGGACAAUAGCAGAAGAGGCAUCCUUUUCAAGUCCAGGAGGAGGAUGGAAUGAAAUCAGAAGUUUAGUGCAUACCUUUUCUUUGUCAUAAUGGAUUUUCCGUUCAGUAUUCUGUGAGAGGGGGGAAGACGAAGGCCGUUCUACAGCAGACUCCCUCACCAUUGUUUAAUUAAAAAGAAAAAGUGUUCUCAUCUGUAAUUGUUGGUGCUGUCUCCCUUAAGGAGAAAUAAUUAUUUGUUUUGUUUUUAAAGCUUUUGAAUGUUUUGUCACCAUCAUGUUACAUGCAAAUUAUGUUGCCUAGUUUGGCCUUUUGUAGCAACUGAUUAGCUUGUUGUCUUCAUGUUUCAGUGUGUGCCUUUCAGCUGUGUGGAAAAAAAAUAUAUCUUCCCAAACGGCAAUGAAAGCAGUGAGAAACCUUUGCAGUUGUCCUUUGCACAGUUUCAUUUGUGACUCUUGUACAUUGCUUAUGUUCUGAGCAAUUCUCACUCAGUACUUCCCAUGAGUUACGAAAAACCUAAAUGGAAUGGCUUAUGCCCUGACCUGAAUCUCUCCCAUCUGUGCUGCCAGAGAUGCUGGUGAGUUGUUAAGACCAUAGUGAAAGUAAUAUGCUGAACAAGUGGCUUAUGGAGACACAAACUGGCAAAGAAAUAUAUGCAGCACCCAGAAGCAGCAGUAGGCAACUGGCAAAAGGACUGGGAUAUGGUGAUACCACAUGGCAUGAGAGUUUGAGAAAGGCAACUAGUGAGGUAUACUGGGAAGCACAUCAACGAGCAUUUAUCUCAGAAACAGUGGAGGUUGCCCCACUUGAGGCAAGCAAUGAGAAAAUGCUUUAAAAAUAUAUAAUGAAUCUUUGCCUAACAAAUGACUUCAAAUGCUGACUUGAAUCUUCGUGUGAUCCUUGACAAUCUCUCCCAUAAAAGGUAUGGUUUUCAUUUGAAUUUAGUUGAGUUCUGCAAGUUGUCGAGUGAGGGAAAUGCGCAGCACAACUGAAAAAAUGGACGUUACAGUGUUGUUUGCUCCAGCUGGUGCCAGCUACCCAAAAACCCUUUAAGGAUUUGUCUCCUCUGACCUUUAAAGUGAGCAUGGCCACACUUUAAAUGGCAAUCAUGGCAGACAAGGCAAAAGCUUCUUAAGCUAUACCCAGGAAGAGGCUGCAGUGCCAAGUGGGCGACUCCACUGCUCCCGACCUCUUACUUGGGUCUGAAGAGGAGAUUGUGAGCAUGUUUUGCUGAACACCUUUUGCAGUCCUCCCCAACCCUCUGGAAUGGUGUGUUUUCAACAUUCCUAAUCACCAAGAGAGCUGAAUGUUCAACAGAACAUUCAACAGAACAUGCUUACAAUCCCUGCUCCAGAAUUAUUUGCUCACUAUGGAAAGAAGUUUGGGAUGAAGGUGACAACGUGCACAACCCCACACCCUCUCUGUCAAUGAGCUUAAGGACACCUGCAGAGAGCUUAUGGCAGCUUGAGUCUAGGUUCCUGACAUCACUGUCCUCUUUCAAAAGUUCUGUUGCUGUGGCCUGUGUUCUCCCUUGUGGGAGACGUUUUCUAUCUCUCGCUGGCAUUUGGUUUUCUCUUGCCUGCUUUCUUCAGUUUCCAUCUACCUGCUUCAUCUUCCCUGAUUCUUUAAAGCAGUCAUGUGCACAACCAUCAUUUUUGGCAAAGAUAACACGAACAGCUUCAGAGCAUUGUGGAAACUUGCUGAGAUGGUCCCUGCCUGUGUACCUAAAUGGCUAGUACUUCAGUAGUAUCUUUCCAAAGUGUAGGCAUCUGUGGCAACUGUGGAACACCACCAAGGGCUCACCCAGACUUCCUUUUGUGCUGCUUUUCUAGGCAUAGCUCUGCACUUGAAAGCUCUGUGUCAGAACACUUUAUUAUUAUUAUUAUUUUCCCCUAGUGCUUUCCCUGUGAAAACCUGCUCUUUACAGCUGAAACAGAGCAAAUAGCAAUCUGCUGAAAACCUGAAUUGCCAUUUGUUCUGAAGCAGAAUAAAGAGUGGGGAAACCAGGUCAAAGAAAAACAAAAAGUGCUGGGACAUGGAGCUUGAAAGUGCAGAUUUGUGCCUACAAAGCAUGGGGCAAAAGGUCAGUGUGAAUGAGCCCCAACACUGGGAAGGAACCAUUUGAGGGGUAAGGAAAUGUUAUGUUCAUUUACUUGAACACAAGACUUCAAAUAAAAAAUAUUUGCACCUUCACGGUCUAAAAGGAACAAUCCUUUAUCUGGUUGAUUUUGUGGCUCUUGGGGGACCCAGCCAUAGCCCCCUCCUGCAGGUUAUUUACUUGCUACCUGGGCUGUGUUAUGGAAAAGAACUCUCUUAUCCAAAUCUCUAAUGACACUUGGAAGAAGCUCUGUUAAGUCCAUUGCAGCUGACUUCCUCCAUUUUAGCAUUGGGGGGUUAGUUAGGCUGCAAGCCUGAAUACCAGUGGCGUGCAGCAAAUUUUUUUUGCAGGGGAAUGUUUAGGGCCAGAGGCGCCAGCCUGCGAGGGCAAUUGGAGGAACCGAUGUCCUGAUGUCACUGUGAGCAUCACGCUGUCCUCCCUAAGCUGCACAGAAGCUUCCCGGGCUUCAGGAAGGAUGUACCAGGGAAACAUUUAGGCGACUAACCCAACCACCCUAGUCCACACAACUGCUGAAUACCUGGAAGUUAAUCAACUUCCCAUUUGAAACAUGAACUUCCAAGAAAUUGAAAGCCUAACACUGGAUUCCCAGUGCUGUACAAGCAGAGACCAGCACUGACUAGGUCCAUCUAGCUGUUUCAGAGGAAGGGACGCACUCCAGCAUAAAGCUCUCAAGCAAGUCCCACUGAAAUGACUCUGAGCAGUUGAGGCAUUGCACAACUCCCAAGUUUUGAAAUGGAACUUGCAAAAAGAGAGAGAGCUUCACCCUCAAGUUUAUGUCUGUAAUCUGUUUUUGUGAACCUAGAUGCACUCGGUUCCCCCCACCCCCAUCUGUUGUCACUGUUGCAAGUGCCUGGAAAAUGGGCCACUUGAAGUAAAUGUUGAAAUCUAUUUGAAAUGUUCCUUUUAUUAGAAACCUAGAGCUAAUUUAACUUGUAUUCCCUAUUGUAAUGCUUUUUAUAUUGAAAGGGUUUUUGUAACAUGAAACAGAACACUACGCCGAAACAAUUCUGCACAGUUUCCAAGUGCAUUUCUUUAGGAAAAUAAAAAUAAAAAGACAAAAAUAAAGAC